AUGAACAUCAACCCGUUCGAGCAUUGCGAAGAGUAUACUCCGAUCAAGGAUGACAAGUACAUACCUUGUCAUAACUUCACGGAGGACGAGGACCCGUGCUGGUACCUGGAGGUAAUCACAUUAACUUGAGCAUGUUAAAGCUACUUUCAACUAAUUAGAGAAAGCUCCUUAUCGGGUCUGGUAAUGAAAAUAGUGACUUUUGUUGUCUAGAUUGUAGUUUUGACAAAAGUGUUUACUUAAUAACGUUAUUUGUGGUAUAAUAUAGCUUUCUUUGCGAUGUAUUAUAAUAUUGUGUUUGUGACCUUAUGUGUUUCAGGAAUUGCACACGACGAAAGACUUUCGGCAACUUUCUCUUGCCGUGGUCCCUUUCAUACUCUCUAGUCUGACGUUACUGUUCAAUAUUAUCUUUAUCUAUGUUGUGGCUAAACUGGUUUUGUACAGGAGAAAAAGGUAACUCAAUAUUCAUAAUUGUCUUUUGAUUUGAAAAGUUUUUAAAUCAAAUUUUGUAAUUCCUCAAGCUUGGCUUUAAUUAUUUUAAUUUUAAAAACCGUGAUUUAAUUUAAAAUUUGUAGUUUUAAGUUUGAGAAAUGUUUGAUUUUAAAAAUUUAUCGCAUUUUGUUUGUUUGCAGUUCUCGAAAACGCUAUUCGUUUUUAAUAAACCGUGCCUUGAGCACGCUGACUACCCAGAUAUUAUUCUACGUCCUGUUAAUUAUUUGGAAAGCUGGAGGGUUGAGUUACUGGACAACAUGCAUAUUACUGUGCCUUGGUGGAGUGAGUGUGUUCACUCAUGCUGGCACUUAUAUCGUCAUGACAUGGCUGUUGUAUGAGGCUGUAGCACGACCGUUGUGGUACAAGAUGAAAGUUGUGAUGAGGUUUUGUUUGUGGUUGAUAUUCGGGAUUUGGAUGGUGGCGGGAGUGUUGUCGGUAGGUUUUGUUGGAGUCAUACGUGAUAUCACUUGUUGUUUUAUUUUUAUCGCUUUUUAUAAUACUUCUGAUAAUUUUUUAAUUUCAGUUAGGGUUAGGCCUUAUCCUUGCGACCUUGUUUUACCCCGACACUACCCCUAUCGACUGCGAGUACCACACCUGUCAGUUUCCGGUGUUUUUCUGCUUCGUUGUGGUGAUAUCACUGUCCUACUUCUCCGUAAUCUUCUUCUACUCUUUCAUGCUUAUCAGGAUACGCAUGAAAGACAAGUUUCGAAACGCCGCUGAUGACACAACAAUGUCACGGAACAUGAAGACGUUAAGAAGAUUGGCUCUUAAUCUUCUUACCUUUAGUAUCUGGAAGAUACCACUGAUCGGAAUAGGAAUAGCAGCACUAUUGGACUUGGAUGAGUUAAGACAGCUUGGCUAUGAUGAGAAGUCAUCGUGUAAAACAUUUCUUAAGGCAAAGUUGUUCUACAAAGCUGAGCUUUUCGGAAGUAUAUCGUUGUGGUUAUGGUUAUUAGGUAAGUUAUGCCACUUUCAAACGUUUUCUUUUUAUAAUUCUGGUUUUAAAUCCUGUUUUUACCUUUUAUUCAACCAAACUCACGGUAUCAACUUUCAGGAUUAGGCAUGGAUCCCAUCAUCAACAUAAUCUGUGAUCCUCCAUUGUUACACUACUGCAAGUACUACCUCAACCAUUACUAUCUACUCUUCAAGAACUUCUUAUCAGACAAGAAGACUUCUGAAAAGCCACGGCGGGGCGACGAUACGUGCUCAGGCGAAUUUUAA